CAGCUCGCGUGAUUCGCUGUGCUAUCUGCUGGUGAAUGAUGAAUUUUAGAUUUGCUUUUGUUGGUUUCAUUCAUUGUUGGUUUGGAUUGGGCUUGGAUUGAUGGGUUGGAGUAAAUUUCGGACUUUUUAGGGUUUCUGGUAUUUGCCGCAGAAAAGGGACAAUCGUAUUGGAGAAUAGCAGGUUGCUUACAAUUUAAUGUUGAAAGAGUUUUUGCCAUGGAAAGUAGAAGCUAUGGUAAUCUAUUACAAAUCUUCUUGUUGAUGCUGUUAAGUAGCAGAAUUUAUUCGUCUCAGCUGGACAUCGAAUGCCUGAAAUCCAUAAAACAAUCUCUUAAAGCCCCUAAUGGCAGCUCGAUAGAUUCGUGGAGUUUUGGCAACACGAGCGAAGGAUCCAUCUGUCAUUUUAGUGGCGUCGAAUGCUGGAAUCCCGGCGAAAACAAAAUCCUUAACUUACUGCUUUCGAGCAUGGGCCUCGAAGGAGAAUUUCCAUCCGGUCUCGAGAACUGUACAACCUUAACUGGACUUGAUCUGUCCAACAACAACCUAGCCGGACGCCUACCCGCCGACAUCUCCAAUAAGAUACCCUUCGUUACUAACCUCGAUCUUUCAUUCAACAAUUUCACCGGCGAAAUCCCAAGCGAUAUAUCGAACUGUAGCUUCCUGAAUGUCAUUAACCUUCAACACAAUCGUCUGAGCGGCACUAUACCGUGGAAAAUGACGAUCCUCGGUCGUCUGACGAGCCUCAAUGUUGCUGACAAUCAGUUAUCUGGACCUAUCCCCGCUUUCAACUUCUCCAUGUCAGCUUCAAGCUUUGAGGGCAAUCCGGGGCUUUGCGGGAGACCUUUGGCGGCAUGUCACGCACCGGCGAAGAAGGACCGAACCGGCAUCAUAAUCGGUUCUGCUGUCGUGGGCAUCGUCGUAACGCUCCUGAUCGUCGGCGUCAUUAUAUACUUUUGUUUGCGCAAAGUUACCGUCAAGAAAAAGAAAACUGAAGUAGCAGAUAAUAUGUGGGCGAAGCAUUUGAAGGGAGUCAAAGGAACCAAGGUUUCCAUGUUUGAGAAAUCCAUUUCAAAAAUGAAGCUCAGCGUUCUCAUGGCCUCAACUAAUGACUUCAGUAAGGAGAACAUCAUUGGUAGUGGGAGGACUGGCACUAUGUACCGAGCGACUCUCCCCGAUGGUUCGUCUUUUGCUGUCAAGCGGCUGCAAGAGUCGUCGCAGCAUUCCGAGAGUCAAUUCAUAGCCGAGAUGAAUACUUUGGGUAGUGUGCGGCAUCCCAACUUGCUUCCACUUUUAGGGUUUUGCGUAGCGAAGAAAGAGAAGCUUCUCGUGUACAAACACAUGCCGAACGGUAGUCUCUACGACUCGUUGCAUCGAAACGAUUCUUUGGAUUGGCCACUCAGGCUCAAAAUCAGCAUUGGGGCGGCAAAAGGCCUCGCUUGGCUUCACCAUAGUUGCAAUCCAAGGAUUCUGCAUCGAAACAUCAGCUCAAAAUCCAUUCUUUUGGAUCACGAUUACACACCAAAGAUAUCGGAUUUCGGACUCGCGAGGCUUAUGAAUCCAGUGGACACCCAUUUAAGCACAUUUGUAAAUGGCGAGUUUGGUGACCUUGGCUAUGUUGCUCCCGAAUAUGGGCGCACUCUGACGGCUACAGCGAAAGGCGAUGUUUAUAGCUUUGGAGUCGUCUUGCUUGAGUUGGUCACCGGCGAAAAACCUACAAACGUAUCAAUCGCCCCCGACAGUUUCAAAGGCAGCUUGGUCGAAUGGAUAAGCUAUCUUUCGAAUGGUUCGAUUCUUCAAGAUGCCGUCGAUAAAACUUUGAUUGGGAAGGGAUACGACGGCGAGCUGCUUCAGGUUCUAAAAGUCGCGUGCUCGUGUGUUCUUCCGGGGCCGAAGCAGAGGCCGACGAUGUUCGAAGUCUACCAACUUCUUCAAGCCAUUGGUGAGAGAUACAAAUUUUUUGCCGAUGAUGAUUUGCCGUUGCUUCUGCCAAGCACGGAAGUUGAUCUUGAUGAGCUCAUUGUUGCACAGUGAUGAUGAUGGUUCGAUUUUAUUGAAGAAAGCUGUUCCAAUUUAAUCACGUUGGGUUGUUUGUUGGUCUUCUUUCUGACUUCUCUGUCUGUAUAGCUGAAGCUUUUAUUUACAGGCAGGUGCUUUUUAAAAAAUAUAUGUAUAUUUUGUUAGUUUUUGACAUACUUUGUAGCUUAGGAGGCUUGUGUGAGCAUCCUAUAUUUAAAAUGGAGAUCUGUAUAUUUUGUGCCUUAUAGUAUAUGGUGAAGCAAUUUGAUGCCCAUACACUUUCUUACUAUAUUA